AUGAAUCCCGAUGAACCAAUGAAUGAAACAUACUCUGAAGAGGAACUUGUGGAUAAUCUUCACUUCGACGUAAACAUACCGUUUCCAAGGAAUCGUGUGCAAGGAGCUCAACCAGGGCCUGUUGGUAGAUAUUACCUUGGUGAGUGGUCUAGGGCGGAGCGGGAAUACAGGUCAGCCUCAGAAUCACGAGAUGGUCCUGUACAGGCAGAAGGUGAACGGUUUCGGGUGGAAAGGGAAAAUCGGUCAGCUUCAGAGUCACGCGAGGGUGUUGGACAAGUUGCGGGAGCUGGGCGAUCAUCAUCUCCAGUUCCACCUUUGCCGUUUGCUCCUAACGACUUAGUAGAUGAAGACUCGAAUAACGAAGAUCAUUUACAUGAUCUAGCCCACGCCAUGGAUAAUAUCAAUAUGGUGCAUGGCGCUGCGAAUGAUGAGAGGCACAUGCGCCAUCUAUACGAUAUUGAUCCGAUGACAUUUGAUACAGACUUUUCAUUGACCUCUCCGCCUCCGGAACCUCAUGAUACUUAUAAACCU